UUACUUUUUGCCCCUAUUUAUUUGGGAAGUAUAUGAUUUGCCCUCAUUUACAUUAGCCUCUCUUUUUUGCCCCUUUUUACUUUGUCAAUCUAUGAUUUGCCCCUGACAUGCCAGGCCCACGUCUAAAGACCAAAAAUGCCCCCGUAUCUGUGUGGCCUAGGUGAGGUCAAUCCACUCGAGCAAAUUCCAUGGGGAAUUGCUGGCACAGGCCGCCGCUACUCCUCUUCUUGGCGAUGUAGUCCGCGGUUCUCUUCCCCAAGGGCGGCGGCGGUGUGCCACCUCGACAACCUCCUCGCACUGCGGGCCUUCGCGGGGAAUUUCGCCGCCGGCGGGGACGCGCCGUCUGGUCCGGCGUGGACUCCUACUGCGGAUGGGAGGGCGUGGGCUGCGACGACGCCGGGCUGCGUGACGGACCAUCCUGGGAGACUCUUUCGUCGGCUUCGAUCGGCCCGAGCUCUGCGUCGGCGCGCCGGCGCGUCGGCACUGCGGGUUCUCGACCUCUUCGCGCGAUGACGAGUGCAGGGGCAGUUCUGUCUUGGAGUUAUGUUCCAAAUCCUCAAAAUGAAAGAAAAGAAUUUAGAAGGGCAAAUCAUCAAUUGAUAAAGUAAAGAGAGCAUAGAGCAGCAGUGCGGAGGUGGGGUAUAAAUCGGCGAGCCCCUCCUCCCCGCCCCAAAAUUUUCCGUUCCGCUCUCCCACUUUGUCGGUCUCUCCCCGCCGAUUUUCGUGAGCGAGGCGAGAGGGAGAGGAGCUCGUGUUCGGCCGCGGCGGCGAGCAAUGGUGGGAGAAUCGUGUUCGGCCGCGGCGGCGAGCAGAAGGAGGAGGAGGUGGUGGGCGGCGCUCGGGGCCGUCUCCCUGCUCCUCCUCGUGGCCGUCGGCAGCGGCUGCGUGGCGUCCUACGGCGGGCGGCUCCGGGCCGGGAGCGCAGCCGCGGCGACGACGGUGACGGCGGCGGCGAUCGGCGCGAGGCGGUGGCUGCGGGACUCCACCUCACGGCUCGCGGCGGCCACUGCCAGGAGCAACGUCGCCGACGCCGACGCUGACGGGUCCGCGACGGGGGCCGUGGCUGGCGCGGUGGAUGAUCCGGAGUCGGUGGCCACGCAAGUGCACAUGUCGAUCAGGAACAGCACCGCCCGCCGGAACCUGGGCGGGUACCUGUCGUGCGGGACGGGGAACCCGAUCGACGACUGCUGGCGCUGCGACCCGGAGUGGCACAGCAACCGGCAGCGGCUCGCCGACUGCGGCAUCGGCUUCGGCCGCAACGCCAUCGGCGGCCGCGACGGCAAGAUCUACGUGGUCACCGACCCGGGCGACGACGACCCCGUCACCCCCAGGAGAGGCACCCUGCGCCACGCCGUCAUCCGGAACGAGCCGCUGUGGAUCAUCUUCGAGCGCGACAUGGUCAUCACGCUCAAGCAGGAGCUCAUCAUGAACAGCUUCAAGACCAUCGACGGCCGGGGCGCCAACGUGCACAUCGCCAACGGCGCAUGCCUCACCCUCCAGUUCAUCACCAACGUCAUCAUCCACGGCCUGCACAUCCACGACUGCAGGCCCACGGGCAACGCCAUGGUGCGCAGCUCGCCAAGGCACUACGGGUGGCGCACCAUGGCCGACGGCGACGCCGUGUCCAUCUUCGCGUCCAGCCACGUCUGGGUCGACCACUGCUCCCUCUCCAACUGCGCCGACGGACUCAUCGACGCUGUCGAGGGAUCCACGGCCAUCACUGUGUCCAACAACUACUUCACCCACCACAAUGAGGUGAUGCUCCUGGGUCACCGUGACUCCUAUCUCAAGGACAAGGCAAUGCAGGUCACAAUAGCUUUCAACCAUUUUGGGGAAGGACUCAUUCAGAGAAUGCCAAGGUGCAGGCAUGGCUACUUCCAUGUGGUGAACAACGACUACACCCACUGGGAGAUGUACGCCAUCGGAGGGAGCGCCGAGCCAACAAUCAACAGCCAGGGGAACCGCUUCCUUGCCCCAACCAACCCAUUUGCCAAGGAGGUGACAAAGAGAAUCGAGGCCGAUCAGACCACCUGGAACGCCUGGAACUGGAGGUCGGAGGGUGAUCUCCUGCUCAACGGCGCCUACUUUAUCCCGUCAGGAGCAGGCGCCUCAUCAAGCUACUCGCGUGCGUCCAGCCUCGGUGCCAAGUCCUCAUCCAUGGUCGGGACCAUUACCUCUGGCGCGGGAGUCCUGUCGUGCCGCAAGGGAUCCUCCUGCUAGCACGCCGCCGACAACAGAAAAAAAAAACACC